GAUCUUUUCCGCAUUUCAGAGCUCUGGAUUUUUUAGGGUUCUCUCCCUCGAUCUUCAGAAGCUCUUUCGAUUCCGAUAGCUUCGACUCGAUUCUUAAAAUCUUCUUUCUUUUCGACAUUGGUUCCGGUAUUUCGAGAUCUUCGGUGUUCAAUUUUCAGGAAAUACUGUGGAAAUUCAUUCAAUUCGAACGAGCUGCGAUUUCGCUCUCUUUCCAUGCAAUUUCCUCAACAUCUUGCUCAAAAUGCCAACGGAUUGAAGCUUUUCGGCCCCUUGCAGGGUUUUCAGCUAGCUCUGCUGCUCCCGAUGCAAGAUCUUGUGUGAGAACGGAGGAAAAUGAUGGAUUCUAGAGAUCUCUAGGGUUUUGGCAAGUUUCAUGUUGGGAUAAUCGAGAAAAUCCGAGCUUUUGGAGGUUUCCUUUUGAGAAAUGCUUAACAGCAGCGGCAUUGCUAGAAAAUCGACGCUCUGUAUGAGAUUCUAGGGUUUCUGUUGAAAGUCCUGAUUCAGAGACGUAAAAAUCCGAUGGCAUUUCGAUGAACAAUGCUGAAAUUACAGUGCUCCGAUUUGUGAGUCCAUAGAUAUCCGAGCUGAGUUCUUUUGAGAUUUCUUUGUAAAAAUGCUGAGGGAAAGGUUUAUUCACCGAAUGGUCUCUUUUCCUUGAAGAAAGAUCCGAUCUUUUGAAUAUCCGUUUGUUUUGAAGCAUAGAUCAAUGGAGUUUAUAUACUGUUUCUCGGUGCAUCUUGUAUUCGUCAUGUGGAUUGUUUUUUCGUCGCCAGAAGUUACAGCUCAGUCAUUGCCGGAAUCUUCUAAAGUUUCAGUGCGGCAGCUAGACGCGCUUCUUCAGGACUAUACUUACAGGUCAUUCGUCCGCCUCGUCCACCCAAAGACAGGACGACUCUACAAUGCUCCAGUUCCGGCCAAUCUAUCCACAAUAAAGCUGACCGCAAUGAGACUCCGCAGCGGUAGUCUGCGGAGCAAAGGAGUUCAUGGCUAUAAUGAGUUUGAAAUCCCUGAUGGAAUCAUUGCUAAACCUUAUGUCCUGCGGCUCAUUCUUGUAUUCCAGAAUUUGGGUAACUUGUCUUCUUUCUAUUAUGGUCUGCAAGGUUAUAGGUUUUUAGCGCCCGUGCUCGGCCUCCUUGCAUAUGAUGCAACGAAUUUAUCUGCUACGGGUUUGCCUGAAUUAGAUAUAACGCUAUCGAAGGGACCCAUUUCGAUUCAGUUUAGAGAUGUCGAAACAGCGCCGAGUGGGUCAACUCCGAAGUGUGUUUGGUUUGAUUUGGAUGCUUUGCCACAAUUCAGUGAUUUGGAAUCGAGCAAUGUCUGUUCAACGAGUCACCAGGGGCAUUUCUCUAUUGUGGUUGAGUCUACUGCGCCUGCUCCUGCACCAGUGGCUCCGCCUAGUCCUGUCCCAGCAGGUCCAAAUUUGAGCCCCGGUCAUGGAAAAAACAAGUCGAAGGCGUGGAAGAUUGCCGUUCCUGUGGUGGGCGGGUUCAUAUUAUUGGUUCUGUUUGUUAUGCUGUUGGUGUGGUUGAUAAGAUAUAGACAAAAUAAGAAGAUGGCAGAGAUGGAACGCCAGGCGGACAUCGGGGAGGCAUUGCAGAUGACGUCUAUUGGACAUACAAGGGCCCCAGUGGCGAUGGGUACUCGGACACCGCCAUCCCUUGAGAAUGAAUAUGUGCCUUGAAAGUGGUUGGACGUGGGCGAAUUCGUACUUCCUUUUUUCUCCCGGUAAUUUAUUGGUCCUGGCUGGUAUCAUAGGAAUGAGCUGUGGAUCCCCCUUCCAAGUGUUUGAUAUGUACAGACUGCCACUGCAUUGUUCCUUCUGCCCGGGUCAUUUGUAGAUGAUUUCCGUGAGACGGGUAUGAUUCUAAAUGCUGUCAUCUGUUCAGUUCCUUUCAGUUCAGCCAAGGGUGUCGCUUCGAAUCACACAUUCUUUUGGAGGAGUUACUAUCACUCCUGUGUUUGAAAUUGUUUAUGUUCGCAUCGUUGAUUGUCUCUCCUUCUCCUUGUGGGAAUUGAAAUUAGUGUCCGCCACAGAGAAGGAAAUUUCUUCCUAUAUUCCAGGCUGGAAUCGAUUUCAUAUAUUUAGUAUGUUGCCGUAUUCCGGUCUGGAGCUUUGCCAAUAAAGCUGGAAUCAAUUCAUCUCCUCUUUCCGGUGCCUAGUUGCUGUUUGGUUGUUUUGAUCCUGGUGUAACUCUGUUGAUUUCUUAUAUUCACUGCAGACACGGGUAUGCUGUUGUUUCUAUUUUCAUUGGAAUAUGAUUGCUGUCAAUUCA